UAUCCCAACCAUUUAAAACCACUCAAUUGUUUGGGAUUUCUAAGCCGGUCCAGAGCGAGGAGGCUGUCUGUGCACUUUUCUUUACUCUGUUGUCUCUUCGGCGUGGGGGGCACAUACUGAGAAAGGCAGGGGAAGCUCUCCAUCAACAUAUUUACACAUCGGAGGACAGAGCAGGGUGCACUAUGGGACAGAGGGUGCUGCUGUACUGCUGCUGGCACAUAGCACUAUGCACACUGAUGGACAAAGGUGGAUGCACAUGGACUUCUGGUGCUCAGUACCGAUAUGCACCAUCUCUGCAACAAAAACCCAGAGAGACACUGACUUCUCCACGAAGGAACUGGUGCUCAGUGCCUGUUACUCGAACAGUAACAUGUCAAGUUCAGAAUGGAACUUUUCUACAAAGAGUCUAUCACAAUUGCCACUGGACUACUGGCUGCUCUGGUGGAAGUUAUAGGACAGUCAUCAGGCCAACCUAUAGGCUUAGCUAUAAGACACUGACAUCACUCGAGUGGAGGUGCUGCCCUGGAUUUCGAGGUGCCAGCUGUGAGGAAGAAACUGUAUCCCUGGCAGAAGCUCAAGAAGCAAUAAGGGUCAGCAUGCCAAUUCGCAAAUUACCCACAAGAGCAGGUGGCAGCUUAUCAGGUUGCCUCAAUUGCAGUCGAAUUCCAGAGAUGAAUGAGCGACUAAACUCCUUGGAAGCCAAGGUGGCAAUGAUUUUGGAUUCAGGUAAAAGGUUAGGUUCUCUAGCCGAUGCUCCCCGUUUAUGGGGAAAUCCACAGACACAAGGCAGCCCAGGAGAGGAGGGAAUAAAAGGCAUCCCUGCACGGAAAAACCCUCAAGGGCCACUCGGAGGACCUGAGAUCCGUGGCUCUCCAGGUGUAAAAGGCGCAGCUGGGCCUCCAGGACCUCCUGGAUCUCCUGGCCCCCCUGGAAGAGACGGUGGUAUGGGACCUCCAGGGGAAAGGGGACCACCAGGUCCGUCAGGCCCACCUGCCCCAGGAAUGCAGAGACUAAUGGAACAGGAUCUUUUUCAGUCAAACCGAUUCACUGAAGCUGGAGGACAGCAUAUUCCGGGGCCUAGGGGCCCCCCAGGUCCAGCAGGACCACCGGGACCUCAAGGGCAGGCUGGGCCCCCAGGAGCAAGUGGACAAAAUGGGUUACCAGGCCCCCAAGGAAAAGAUGGUCCCAGAGGAGAAAAAGGAGACAGUGGGCCACCAGGCCAGCCAGGAGAGCCAGGGACUAAAGGGGAAAUGGGCCUUCCUGGGCAGAAAGGAGAGCCAGGAGAGAGAGGAGAGCCGAAACGGAUUCUGGAUCAGGAGCUGGGCCCUCCCCCUCUGGUGCCCCUGGAUUCUAUAGGGGCAGACGCAAUGGGCCCUCUGCCUACAGAAUGGCACCCCCACGGCAUGACGAAGAAGAAGAGGAAGACGAGAGUUUUUAAUGUUGCUAAACACAAUGAUUAUGUUCAGCCAGGUCUGGAUGUCUGUUUACUCUGCCCACAUACCACAGUACCAUAUUGUGCAUAUUAUCAGGAGUCUGUCAUAAGUCAUUGGGAGAGUGCAGCAUUUGCAUCUGUUACAGAUGCCUUUAAUAUAUUGCAAGCUAAUGCAGACAGCAGUGACCUGACUCCCCAUGUAUAUGGUAUAACAUAAUGGCUGAAAUUUAAGCAUGAGAAAUCUUAAUUUCUGUAGCAAUCAAACAUUUGGUUGUUAUUUUUAUACUGCAGCUGAGACAGAUCAUACAAUGAAACCGCUGUCAGUAGCUGGUACUUCACAUGGCAGCUGCCAACAAUUGGCACCACGGUCACUUCUGUGCCUGCCUUGCAAUACUGUGCAGCUAGUGAAAGGCAGAGAAAUGCAAGUGAUGAUUGGAGGGUGUUGUGGAUAUUAGAAUAUCAGAUGAUGUGUCUUUUAAUUAUCUGUUUUUGUACACUUUCUAAUUCAAGUUCAACAUAAGGUGAACAAAACACUUUGUGUAAAAUAAAUAAAAGACUUUUUUAUUGAAAUAAAAAAA